AUGCCUCCCCUUAAAUCAGGCACCUGCGCGAGCUGCUCAACGGCCAACGUCAAGCUCCGCACCAACCCCUUCACCAACGCGUCGCAAUGCUCCGAGUGCCGCGACGCCUCCAUCAUCGGCAUCACGGAUAUCAAGUCCCGCUUCAAGCUGAAGGAGGACGACCUCGAGGGCCUGAAUAUGAAGACCGAGCCCAAGCCUGCGUUUCUCGGCGGGCCGGACCGCAGAUGGUAUCUGGUUGAGGAGGUGGAGGGUAGGGCUGAGGAGGUGACUCGGGCGAGAGGAGACGCGAAGAAGGAGAAGGAAGAGGCGAAGAACAAGGCCAAGGAGGACAAGAAGAAAGAGAAGGCGUCUGCUGCAUCUACGCCGAAAAAUACCAAGGGGGACAAGAAGGGAGGGAAGUCGCCCGCUUCUGCUUCUACUGUCACGCCGAAGGCUAGCAAGCGGAAGAGGGACGGAGAGGAGGAGGAGGAGGAGGAGGAGGAGGAGGAAGACGGUGUGGCUGCAGCUCCAGCGGCGGCGGACCCCCCUGUGAAGCGUGGGCGCGGCAGACCUCCUAAGGCUGGGGGACCGAAGCCGCCCAAGAAGCCGGUAUUAAAUCCCGACGGGACGAAGCGCGGACGGGGACGACCACCGAAGGCGAAGGCCACAGCAGUUGAGAAGGCCCCGGUAGAUGAAGAUGAGACCGAGUAG